CAUCCCCCCUCCCCCCACGAUCACAACAAACACCGUGUUGUCGCAUCCUCCUCCCAGGGCUAUAAAUCCCGACGGCCCCAGUCCGCCCGAUCCAGAUGCGCAAACACCGGAUCGCCGGACUCGUGGCUGCCCUGCUCGCCCUCGCCCUCUCCCUCUCCCUCUCGUCCCUCCGCACCGCGCAAGAGGAGCCGCCCAUGGCGGACAGCGGGCCUCUGGCGGGCGGCGUCACGGACGUGCCGCAGAACGAAAACGACAUCCACCUACAGGAGCUCGCCCGCUUCGCCGUCGACGAGCACAACAAGAAGGCCAAUGCUCUCCUGGGGUUCGAGAAGCUUGUGAAGGCGAAGACGCAAGUGGUUGCUGGAACCAUGUACUAUCUCACUGUUGAGGUGAAGGAUGGGGAAGCCAAGAAGCUCUAUGAAGCUAAGGUCUGGGAGAAGCCAUGGGAGAACUUCAAGGAGCUGCAGGAAUUCAAGCCUGUUGAAGAGAGUGCUAGCGCUUAAGGAUAUCUCGUCUUCCACGUGCAAUUGCUACCUGAAGCACUAAACAGACUUGCAGAAUAAGGAGCUGGUUCGGAUGUAUAAUAGAUGUGCUGUUGCGAGCUCCGUUGUGUAGUAUCAUAAGAUCACCUUGCCCUUUGUGUAAUAUCAUGAAUAACGGUGUCCUUUGUGUAAAAUCAUGAAUUCAGUGCCCUUUAUGUGUAACAUUAUAAAUAAAUAACAGGGCUGAGUAUUCAUCAGUA